GCCUAGACCGGCAUAUACUCCACUUUCAUCAUCAUCACAAACUGACGAAGAAUUGGUACCUUUAAAACAGUCUUUGAAGAAUAAAUCCCAAUAUGCAUUAUAUGAAAACAAAGAAUUCAGCGAUAAGAUCAAGUACAAAAUGAUGUCGCUGAUGACGAACAAUCUGUCUUUAUUUUUGCUGAGAAUUUGA